GCGGGUUUGGUCUUUGGUCGUUACGGACUUUACGGUCAAAACGGGUGUUUUAAGAAUAACGAAGAAAGAUGCAUAACCUCUCCUCCACAAGCCCGUUCGGGGUCGAUUCGCCUCUUCCUCCAUUCUCAAUCGAGCAUGCCCCGAUCAAGGUUGCUGGUAUAAUUUUGCACCACAAUGAAUUUUCUAUUGAUGAGGUCGAAUCAGGCUGCUGCUCCUGCUGAACUGCCGCCUGCGAUUCAGCCCGGGACUAGCUAUGUGUCAAAGCCGAGUAGUGGUACACUUGGUGCACUUUUUGCGGAAGAUCCCUUAUUACAGACCAAGUCAUUUGAGAACCAUGAUGGUGACAGCGACGGACAUGGGAAUGAUAGUGGGUUUAUUGCCGGAUCAAUUGGGACGGGGAAUCACAUUGAAGUUACUGAAGGUGAAGGGUGGAUAGCUAUUCCAAAGAAAGAGCUUCCUGAUAACUGGAGUGAGGCACCAGACAUAACUUCCUUGCGCUUGCUCGACCGCUUCUUUGUUUUUCCUGGCGAACAAGUUCAGGUCCUAGCAUGCCUGUCAGCAUAUAAGAAGGAUACUGAAAUUAUUACACCAUUUAAAGUUGCUGAACUUAUGAACAAAAAAGGGCUUGGGGAGAAUAACCACAAAGAAGGUGGCAGUGAUGUGACUGACACUCAUGAUGUUUCUGACAGAGCAGAAAUAAAUGACUGCGAAGAUAUUAAUAAGACCAAUAAAAUUAAAAUGCAGGGGAAUGUUGAAUCUGAGAAAGAAGUUUCUGCGGGUGCAUCUCUUCUGAGAAUGGAAGAUUACAAAAGACAGACUGAAUCCCUGCUGCGAAGGUUUAAAAACUCUCAUUUCUUUGUCCGAAUUGCUGGGUCAGAGGAGUCACUAUGGACAAAAAGAAAGCUUAUGGAAGACUCUUCUGGUUUUGAUGAAAUGUUCAUGGGGAUUGGUUUAGAUGCUAGGCAUACUACAAAAAAGAAGCCUCCUUCAAUGGCUGCCAUUGAUAGAGGGAAUUUUGAUUCCAUCACAUCUGGAGGAGUGGGAAGGAAUGCUGCCAAGUGUUGCGCUCUUCCCAAUGGAAAUAUUGGGGUACUUUUACAGAUAAAUGUUGGUGUUGAAUUUGUGAGGGAUCCUGUAUUGGAAAUUCUUCAGUUUGAGAAAUCUCAGGAUAGAAGUUUGUCUUCUGCUGGCCAUGAAAAUUCAGUGUGUCCCGACCAGGAUCCAUGUGGUGAGCUCUUAAAGUGGUUGCUUCCUUUAGAUAAUUCUAUUCCUCCUCCAGCACGAUCCCUAACCCCACCUCAUUUGACUUCUACUGCAAGCAUCCGAAGUACAUCUACAAGGGUUACCUUAUCCGGACCAACUGGAUCUCAGCUUUUCUCUUUUGGAAACCUCAGAAGCUACUCCAUGUCUUCACUGCCGCAAAAUAGUUUACCACCUUCAUCAACUUCAACCCCCAAUUCUGGACCCAGCUUUGAACCAGAAGAUUGGGAGCGGUUUUCAUUUCGUAAGGCAAUCAAAAGUGAAAAUAGCGGUAGCAGAGGGCUUUUGUCCUAUAGAGGUGUAUCAUUGGAACCUGAAAGAUUUUCUGUACAUUGUGGUUUGGAAGGGAUUUACAUACCUGGAAGGAAAUGGAGGAAGAAAAUUGAAAUAAUUCAACCACUUGAAAUCACUUCUUUUGCUUCUCACUGCAGCAUAAAUGACCUCAUAUGUGUUCAAGUAAAGAAUGUUGCUCCAGAACACACACCUGAUAUCGUUGUGUAUAUAGAUGCCAUAUCAAUUGUCUUUGAAGAAGCUUCCAAAAAUGGGCCACCUUUAUCUUUACCAACUGCAUGUAUAGAAGCUGGGAGUGACCACUGUUUACCAAAUCUAGCUCUCAGGAGAGGUGAGGAACACUCCUUUAUUCUCAAACCAGCAACUUCCAUGGGGAAAAGAUCCAAGGUCAGUAGUGAGAAAAGUUCACAGCUAUCAAGCUCUAGUCCUGGAAAUGUAGCAUCCACAAGACAGUACUCUUUGAAUGACAAGUGGAGAAAUAGUGUGUCGCCCGCUGAUCGUUAUGCAAUUCUUGUAUCAUGUAGAUGCAAUUAUACCGGGUCUAAGCUGUUCUUUAAACAGCCAAUAAGCUGGCGACCACGCAUUUUCAGGGAUUUGAUGAUCUCUGUUGCAUCUGAAGGGUCAAAACAAACUUUAGGAUCCAAUGACAGAGCGGCAGAGCUUCCAUCCCAGGUCCUAACUCUUCAAGCAUCAAAUUUGACAUCUGAAGAUCUAACAAUGACAGUGCUCGCUCCAUCCUUUACGUCUCUGCCUUCUGUGAUGUCAGUUAGCUCACCGACAUCACCAGGAAGUCCUUUUAUUGAUUCUUCUAGGCUCUCAGAGAAAGUAAAUGACAGGAAAGUUGCUACUUCUCGUCAGAGUGCCAGCGCAGCAUUAGAGAGUAAAGCAGUACAGGUGUCAAGUGGUCACAAGAGAUCGGUUUCGUUUGAUGAGCGAGUCAUUUAUAUACCCGACAUCCAUCCAAGUAGUGAUUCAGGAUGUUCACAUUUAUGGUUGCAGAGUAGAGUUCCAUUAGGAUGUGUUCCUUCUCAAUCGACAGCCACUGUCAAACUUGAGGUUCUUCCCCUGACAGAUGGCAUCAUCACCCUUGAUUCCUUGCAAAUUGAAGUAAAAGAGAAAGGCCUCACAUACAUACCGGAGCACUCUCUGAAGAUAUAUGCAACUUCAAGCAUUUCAAUUGGGGUGCAAUGAUAUUUUCCCUGAUUUUAAGUCACUCACAUCGGUGGAGUAAGGUGUCCCUCUCUGGUUCUCUUGCCAUUUAUUAUAUGCAUUUAUUAGUGAUGGCUUUGUAUCUACUAUUCGAUAGUGGGGUGGAAAUUUCAUUCGCCGCCUUUAGAUGAGGUUGGCCUUGGUAUGAUACGCCAUUUCUGAUCAAGCACUCUCUCUCUCUCUCUGUGAAGCAAACAUGCUGUUUUGAACUUUCUUUGGUGAUUAAGGAGCAUAUACUAUCAUGUCCCUAUAUAAAGUUCAUGUUUUGACUUCGUCUUUAAUGUUCAUGUUUUACCAUUACUAUUUACAAUUAUAUAUUUAUAAGAUCUAUGAUGAUUGAUGAAUUAUUACGUA